AUGAAGAAAAACGGGAAGGAUAAUGAUUUCACUAAAGACCUAUGGAAUGAUUGCAAUGCUCUUCAUAAUGUGAUAUUUCAUCAAGCGUCGUACACCAUGAUAUCAGAUUGGUUUUUAAACAGCAAGAAAAAUGAGUUUGUGGAUAUUGCAAAAAAUUACUUCAAUUCAGAGAAUGAGAAUUUAAGGGUGAAAUCUACAAAACAGAAAAAACGAAAGAACCAGCCAAAAAAGACACUUUCGAAGCGUAAGCACCAAAAAAUUACUAAAGAAGGAAGAAAUUAG